GAAGUAUUCACUUUAUUUUAAGUAGAUCGUUUUCGGUAUCGGUAUCACUUAGUGGCAAACAAUAUGUAGGCUAGUGGACUCUGACUCACAGUAAAUACUGGAAACAAGCCGGUUAGAGGUUACUGUUUUAAAUGUCCGGUUUUUAGUGCGUUACUUUCUGGUGUUUUACUUGGUGUGGUGUUUUUAGCUAAUUGGGAAUCAAUGCUAUUGUGAUCUAAAGUUUUCCCAGUGAAUACAAUUGAAUUUGUAUUCAGUUUUCCCUUAACGCGUUCUAUUACCAUGUGCACAAGUAAUACAUGCGUACGUGUAAAAGCAAAAGCAAAAAAAAACACGUCUGCCACUUCUCACAGAGGAAACCAUUUACACGUGAAAAGCCAACGAAACCCUGAUGAGAGGUGUAAAUGGGCCACUUUUCACAACACCGAUUUACACUGUCUGAAAUCCAACCUCUAAAAACCGCUGCUCGGUCACACCCCCUAACAAAAUAUAUAGCUGUUUGCUGUAGCAGUCAGUUUGGUUUCUUGUUUGGUUGCUCCGGUGCUGGUUUCAGUCCUAUCUCUGCUUUCCCGACAUCAGCCAUGGUAAAGAUAACGGAGAAGAUGCUGCUAGAGAGAGGGUCUCCAAAAACUGACAAACUGGAGCAGAUCAGGACGCUGAACUUGUCGAAGCUUGGCUUAUGCAGUAAGGACUUGCCCGUCUCUCUGCUAUGCCAGCUCUGUAGCCUGGAGCAGCUGGACUUAUCUGGGAACCGGCUGGACGGGCUGCCCUCGGGUCUGCGCCUGCCUUCCCUGCGCGUGCUGGACUGCUCUGACAACAACAUAGAGAGCGUGGCCUCUCUGCAGCCCCUGUGUGGCCUGGAGGAGCUGCAGCUCGAAGGGAACAUCUACCUCACAGUCAGCGACCACUACAAACUGAUGUUCCUCUUGUCUAAGCUGAGGGUCGUCAAUGGCAAAGACAUCAGCUCAACGUCGCGUCACCUGCGCCACGUCGUGAGUGAAAAUCUUAGGAAACGGGUGGUUGGACUGUGGGAGGCAAAAUUUUCCCUGCCUGAUAACCCAACAACAGAGAAGCUAAAGGUUCUGGAGGGCGAGUUUGUGCCGAUGGCAAGGGCUCAGAUAAAGUAUGGCCCCGGUUCCGUCAAUGACUACAUCAAGUGGAGGGUGGAGAUGCUUGCGAAAGAGUACCUGCGAUCACUGACCGAGAUUGGACGGGAGGAGCGCGGCGGCGUUAGUGCCACGAAGGAGGCCGGCGGUGUGCUGUCCACCCCCAAGAGGAAACGAGAGGCCAAAGGGGCGAUCGAAAAUGAGGGCAGCACUCUGAAGAGAGCCAGGAGAGCCGACGCACCACCCGCUGAAGACAGUCCCAGGAAGUUGAGCCGCCUGCAGGGCACCCCUGUGAAGGUCAACAAACCCAUGGAAAGCUCUCGAAAAGGUGAUGAAGGAUUGGGCAGUCCCAGGAAGUCGAUCCGCUUGCUGACCACACCUGUGAAAGCCGACAAGCCCAUAGAAGGCUCUCCAGAAGGUGAUGGAGGGUUGGGCAGUCCCAGGAAGUCGAUCCGCUUGCUGACCACACCUGUGAAAGCCGACAAGCCCAUAGAAGGCUCUCCAGAAGGUGAUGGAGGGUUGGGCAGUCCCAGGAAGUCGAUCCGCUUGCUGACCACACCUGUGAAAGCCGACAAGCCCAUAGAAGGCUCUCCAGAAAGUGAUGGAGGGUUGGGCAGUCCCAGGAAGUCGAUUCGCGUUCUGAUCACACAAAUGAAAGCCAACAAGCCCAUAGAAAGCUCUCGAAAAGGUGAUGAAGCACUGGACAGUCCCAGGAAGUCGAUCCGCUUGCUGACCACACCUGUGAAAGCCAACAAGCCGAUGGAAGGUCUUGGAGAAGACGAUGGAGGGUCAGGCAGUCCCAGGAAGUCGAUCCGCUUGCUGACCACACCUGUGAAAGCCGACAAACCGAUGGAAGGUCUUAGAGAAGGCGAUGGCGGGCUGGGCAGCCCCAGUGGGAAAAGGCUGAGGGGGGAGAGCCUCAGAAUUCGGGGCGGCCCAGGCAAGGCCACUCCCCUUAAGGGGAAGAAGGUGGACGACCCAUUUACGCAAGUGCAUGAUGCCAAGCCCAAGGAGCCCGUGACCCUGUUGCCCGUGCACGUGCUGCAGUGCCACAGUAAGCGGGACAACCCUGAAGAUUUCAGCACUCAGCUGUGGGCCUGUGCUUUUGAGCCCCCCCUGGAGGACUGCAAUUCCAGCCAGGAGUCCCGCAUCGUGGCCACUUGUGGGGGGGAGUGUGUGUGUCUCAUAGACUGUGAGACGGGUAACGUGCUCAAGAAGUACAAAGUGCCUGGCGAGGAGUUCUUCUCCUUGUCCUGGACGCGCCUGAUGAUGUCUCGGGAUGGGGGCGUGGUGCGGCCGUGCACCGUCCUGGCGGCGGGGGGCAAGAAGGGGAUAGUGAAGCUGAUCCACCCCCGGACGAGCAUGGCCUACGGGGAAUUCCGCGCCAGCCAGCGUUCCCUUUCCACGCUGCGCUUCAGCUCCCAGCAGCAGAGCUUCCUGUUCACUGGAGCGUACGACAAUAUGAUUGUGAUGUGGGACGUCGGUGGGAUGGACAGCAACUACAAGUUUGAAGUCAGGAAGCUCCUGGUGCUCAAGACAGACUCGACCCCUCUGCAGCUCAGCCUGCCCCCCUCUGGGCCGGAUUCGCACCUUCUAGCCGGCUGCGAUGGUGGUCUGCUUAACUUUAACAUCCAGCUCAGUCAGAACGUGCUUAAGAGAUCUCCGGUGAUGGAGAUCAUGUUUCCUGUGUACAAGACAGCUGACCUGGACAGGCAGCACCGCACCGUGGAUGGCUUGGGCUUCCUCUCAGAGGAUGUCGUCGUGUCCAAGUGCCACAUGGCCGGUUGUAUCUACCUGUGGAGCUGGAGACGCACCCAAGCCACUUGCCCCGGCAAAAACAAAGAGGUGCCCGCUGCCAUCCUGGCGGUGCUGCAGUGGUCCUGCACUGACGUCCCAUACCUCUCUCUCAGUGCCAGCGAAGGCUACGUGGUAUGUGGGGACGAGAACGGCCAACUGUGGACUUACCAUCUUCCAGACAUUCCUAGGGCUGCAGCAAAGACUGACAGAACUAUCCCGCCCACCGAGGUUCUGCAGUGGCCUUCACCCGUCAGGAACGGCGGCGGACCCAUGGAGGGGCCGUCCAUCAACAGCGUGGCAGUGGGCCCUGGGUUCCGCUACCUGGUGGCAUUAAGCGACAAGAACAUGGUUGUCGUGUGGAAGAGGUUGUAGCUCUUUGAGUCGCACUCUUUUCCCGAGACAAUACAAUAAAAGUUCAAGUUUUGUUUAA